CAACUGCAGCUCUGAGGAUCCUGCACACAGUAGGUGCUGAGGGCUGCUUAGUUAACAGGAAGGAACGGCCCUGCCCCUCACGGCUUGGGGCCUGUCGGUGACCCCUCCUCCACGCCGAUUGAUGGGGAAUCUACAGCAAAAGGCCCUGGUCCAGGCCAGCCCCUGCGUGCUGUGUGACUGGCUUCAGGACCCAAUGACAGGCUGAAGGACCUGACAAGGACCUUCAAGGACAAGGCUCCUGGCCUGGAGACCCCGCAAGCCAUCCAGGGGUGGCAGACCAAGAGUCGGCUCCUGCAGGAAAUGAUGUUCGUCUAUGCCUUGCUGCUCGCCAUGGGGUUGCCACUGGUGGAUGUGAAUAGAACCAUAGGACCUCCCCCCCAGGGGAGGGCGCGCUGGACCUAUAAUUUGACAUGCCAUUACUGUUGGACCAUAAACAACUUCAGAUGUACAGCCAUUAAAACAUGUCCCUAUGACGUCAGACGCUGUCUGAUCGUCUCGAUUCGUUUGAACUUUCGUGAACUACUCGUUUACAAGGACUGUACGUACAACUGCACAUUUUUAUAUCCAUCCCAAGUGCCUCCUGAAGCCCCAAGAGUAAUAAGAACCAAUAAUUUCUAUUUUGUUCGUUGUUGUGGUUCUAGGACUUGCAAUGAAGGAGGACCUACUAAUAUUGAGAGGGACAUCUUACCCGAUGAAGUAAUUGAGGAGGAGAUAGAAGGAACGGUGCGCUUGGGGGAGUCCAAAUUUUUCCUGAGCUUUGUUUCCAUCCUAGUCAGUAAUAUCCUGACAUGAGAAGCCCUCUUUGGAGGGUCUGAUCAUCUCCCUCCAUUUCUCAGAGCCAGUUCGCUCUCCUUUGCUCGCUUGUGAACCAGAGACACUGAUCCACGGGGUCCCCAGCUGGCCAGUUUCUCGUUUUUGGCUUAUUUCAAGAGAGAAAUAAAGAAUGUUAUGGUUUAGGUA